CAGGUGAGGCAACAAAAGCAACAAGAACAGGAAGCAGACACAGCAUAUGGCUCCUCUGCAAACACAAGCUCAUGAGGCAAUAAACCGUCUCAUCCUCCGUUGUGCCCUAACCAGCUGAAUGUAUUCCUCACACUGUGUACUUGUGUGUCUGUGCUCUCAAGUGCACUGCACCAAUGUGGUGAUGAACUACUCAGAGAUCGAGUCCAAGGUGAGAGAGGCCACCAAUGACGACCCCUGGGGACCCUCUGGACAACUGAUGGGAGAAAUAGCCAAGUCGACCUUCAUGUAUGAGCAAUUUCCAGAGGUGAUGAACAUGCUGUGGACCAGGAUGCUGAAGGACAACAAGAAGAACUGGAGACGAGUGUACAAGGCCUUACUGCUGCUGGCCUAUCUGAUCAGGAACGGGUCUGAAAGAGUCGUCACCAGUGCCAGAGAACACAUUUACGACCUGCGAUCUCUAGAAAACUACAACUUGAUUGAUGAGAAUGGUAAAGAUCAGGGCAUCAAUGUGCGUCAGAAGGUGAAGGAGAUGGUGGACUUCAUCCAGGACGAUGACAAAUUGAGAGAGGAGAGGAAGAAAGCCAAGAAGAAUAAGGAUAAAUACAUUGGAGUCUCUUCUGACAGUAAUGGAGGAGGAGGAGGAGGUGGAGGAGGAGUAGGAGGAGGUGGAGGAGGAGGAGGAAGCGGAACCCUAAAGAAUUCUAAUGAGUUGGAUCGAAGUAAGUGGGACGAGGACUGGGACAAGAGCAAAGGAGCUUUCCCCUUCAGCGAGAAGCUCGGAGAGAUCGGUGACAAGAUAGGCAGCACCAUCGACGACACAAUCAACAAGUUCAGGAAGAAGGAACGAGACGACUCACCCGACAGAAUCAGUGACAAUGAGGAGGACCGAGCAGCUAAAAACGGCAGGCAGGAAACCCUGGAGUUCAAAGAUGAGGAGGAAACCGUCACAACGAAGAGUAUCCAGAUCACACAAGCGACAGAAACCACGACCACCACCACACGGAAACGCAGCGGAGCGUCGGGCAGCAAGACUCUGGACCUCGGUGCAGCAGCUCACUACACUGGGGACAAGAGCCCAGAGGAAAAGUCAUCAGUCAGGCAGUCAUCCAGUAGCGGCCUCGCUGACCUGUUAGUGAUCGACCCUUCAUCCAAUCAGAGCAACACAACAGGUGGUAGCUCAGACCUCAUCGCUGGUUUUGCUGACUUCUCCUCUCCAGCAGCCUCUGCCAGCCUCCCAACCGCCUCGGCUGCUGUAUCAUCCAAUGGAAACGGAGAAUUUGGAGACUGGAGCGCCUUCUCAGACAAACCAUCAACGAGGUCUGCUUCCUCCCAGCCUGUCACCGACCUGUUUGGCAGCGUCCAGUCGCCCACUGCCCCAGCGGCUAAUCCCGCCCAGGGCCCACCUUCUGCUGAGCUGUUUGACCUGAUGGGCGGAGUUAACCAUCAACUAAACAAUCCACACACAACACUGAGCGCAUCUCAGAGCUUGACUUUCUCUCUGGGAGGAGCGUCACCAGGAACUUCUGUUGCUAUGGCCACCGUGCCCAUUUCUCGCUCUCAACAGAGCUUGGGAGGCUUCACAUCUCAGCAUCCUAUAGGACAACAGCAGAAGCUUGGUGUCGGAGGUCAGGGAUCAUUGGGGUCAACUUGGUCUGACCCCUCCGUCAAUAUCAGCCUGGACUUCCUAUCAGCAGGCCUCAACCCCACUAAGACACCCCCCACACUCAACAACAUCAUCCAGCAACAAGGUGUGCCCCCCGUCAACCUGUUGGCCCAGAACUUUGGAGGGCUGAACCUGAGCUCCCCGCCCCAUGUGACACCCAUCAGACCACCUGCCAAUCCCAUGAUGGCAGGUGGUGCCAUGACGAUGGGCAUGCCUGCAUCGAUGGCAACUGGCAUGCCACCUUCAAUGACCACGGGUACCAUGGGGAUGGGCGGAAUUCCUGCAAACCAAGGCAUGAUGGGAAUGAACAUGAGCAUGAAUAUGGGCUUGACCACUCCAGUGAUGAUGGGUGGCGUGGGAAUGCCAGGAGUCGGUAUGGGCCUCUCACACUCCAUCAGCCCAGCCGUGGUCCCACCCAAACAAGAUGCCUUCGCUAACUUUGGCAAUUUUGGCAAAUGAAGGAGUGCGAAUGUGUGUGAGUGUGAAUGUGCAUGUCUGACAGUGUGAGAGCGUGAACCACGGACAGGCCGCUGUACUUGAAGACAACCUUGCAUGUUUCUCGCUCUGCUUCAGCUCUUUUUGGCGAGGUGAAACCAGUGAUCGUUCACUAUCCCAGUCUGAUGACACAAUCUUUGAAGCAGGGGAGAUCGCCCCCUGGUGAGACUCACCCUCUGGUAUUUUCCCCUCAAGAGCAGGGAAGUUGUUGACCCCACAAUCCUCACUUGUUUAUAAUAAGAACAGCUGUGUCAUUACAAAACAUCAAGACAGAACGUUUCUCUCUAUAACUGCACUGAGAAGUCAAUCAGUAGGGUCGACUCCGGUUAAAAUGGCAUCGCUGCCUUAAUUCUGCAUUGUAGCCCAAGACAUCACUUUCAACAUGAUUUCAACCUGAUUUAAUCACAAAUUCUACUUUAUCUCGCUCCUUGUGUAAACAGCAUUACAGUUACAGUGUCUGGAGUUCACAGAAUCCAUACUCUGGUGCUGCAGCAGAAUCUGGGAUGGGUGUAUGCAGUGAGAUAAUGAACUACAUCCCUUUUCUCUCCGUCUGUCUGUCUCCCCUCCCAUCAUUUCAUCAGGCUCGUAGCAGUUCACAGUGGAUGGAUGUACAGUAGGAGGAUAUUGGUUGAUGUGUAAACGACACCGUGAGUGAAGCCUUGAAUUGCUCAGAGAUAUAACAGGGUUACAGUUAAAAGUGAUACUUGUCCUGUACUUUCCAUUUUGGAUGCCUCGGCCGUAUUAAUGUUCAAUGAACGCAUCAGUCAGUAUUUUAAAUACAAUUUACCAAUACUUCCACUCAACACUUUUGCAUACAGACACCGUCUAUGGACCGAGGGGGAGAAAAACGUCUUACAUAAUGAGUAUUUACUGGCCUGCUGUGGGAAAGGAGGGCCAUCAUCUGCUAGAGUGAACAUAAUCGGUUAAUUAUUUAAACCUCUUUCAUGUUGAAGGCAGUGGUACACAGCAGUUAUUGGGACACCUCAGCAAUGUACCAUUACUUAGUAUUUUUUACCACUAAAGAUUUUUCAUCUUGCAGCUCAUUUAUUUGGUCUCUUGCAUAUCUAGGCCUCACAAACGAUGUACUAAACCCAUUCGUUUUUAAUAAAUGGUUUCUACAGCUAUAGCUGAGAUCGAUCGAAGGGGUUUGGGGAUCCCGGGUGAAGCAAAUGUGUGAGACAUGAGUGAGUGUGUGUGUGUGUGGGUGUGACUUUGUGUAUGGAUUUAGUUUUCUCUGUUUGAUGUGCAAACACGACUAAGCGGAGCCUCUUGUCAUUUUUUUAGGCACUGCACUCCGAAUGACCAAAUCUUUAUUUUGUUACUCUCAGAAGGAAUAAUUGCAUAGCUGUUAGUUUAAUAUUUUAUUAGUUAACUUGUAAGGUUAUGUUCAUAUUGGAGAACUAAUAAUAAUAUUAUUUAGACAUGUUUUUUUUUGGUACAGCUCAUUUCAUUUGUUUGUACUCUAUAUUUUCUGUACAUCAUUCAACACUAAAUUAAAUUAUAAAAAAUGAA